GAGAGGAGAGCGACUCAGCGAGCAGAGAACACACGAAAAGGGAGCGGAAGAACCUGCGGCCAUGGGAAUCAAACUGUAUUACACCACCGUCACUGCCUCGCGGACGGUGAAGUCCCAGCAGGCCGACGUGAUGCGGAUCCUGGAGAGCAAGAGCAUCCGGUACGAGCUCAUCGACAUCUCCGUGGGCCGCGAGCUGUGCGACGAGAUGAGGAGCAAGGCGGGGAACCCCGCGGCCGUCCCCCCCCAGCUGUUCAACGAGGACCAGUACUGCGGGGACUACGGCAUGUUGUCCGAGGCGGUGGAAGACGACACGGUGGACCAACUUCUGAAGCUGGCGUGAGGAAUGCGGCGCGUGACUCUCAGUCUUACCCCCCCCCCCCCACACACACACACACACACCCGCACGCACACACACACACACACACAACCCUAAUGGAGGCCCUUCUCUUUCUCCACCACUGUUGGUUUCCACUCACUUUCAAUGCCAUAAUGAAGAAUGCCAAAUAUCAACACGACCCCCCCCCCCCUCCUCCUGCACCAUGUAGACUGAAUCUGUUUGUUUCUUCCUCUUCUUCUUGCUGAUCCUUUUUGAUUUUGUUCUCUCCGUCUACCAGACUAGCGAAUUAUGAAACUUAAAGAUGUUUUUUUUUGGCCUGUCGCUUCACGCAGUAUUUGAGGAACGGUUUGGUUCUGAGGUGGGAACCCACUGACGGGUUUCGAGGGGCGAUGAUGCCAACGGAACAAAAAGGACAAACGUUAAAGAGUAGAAAUUACAUCGAUUAAGACACAAAAACGUCUCGGAUACAUUUCCUUCCUCACUUUAAAUCAUGUAUUGUAGAUGGUAGUUUGUGAUCUUUUAGGUUUACACCAAAAGGAAUCAGUGUACUUUGUCAUCACCCACAGUGUCUUAAAAUAUAUAUAUAUAUAUAUCUAAAUAUGAAUAUAAAUAUAUAAUAUAAAUAUGUAUAUAAAUAUAUUUAUAUAAAUAUAUAUAUAAUAUAUAUAUAUUCCCAUAUAAUACCGCCUGAGAUCUCAUACCGCCUUAAAUCUGACAUUUUCAAAUUGUUCUCACUGUUGCUCUCAAGGUUCAGAAUGUGGGACUUGGCGCCAUCUAGUGGUGAGGUUUGUGAAUUGCAACCAACUAAAACUCAGAGGCUGACUGCAGUGGUAACAUAAAAAGGAUGUGAACUUUUUUUUUAGCUUUCAAAGUAAAGGUCUUACUCGCCGCAGGGAAACAUGAAGGCUUCACUUAUUGGCGCUGUCAUGUCUGCACAUUAAUUCAGUUAUAAAUAUACAUCACGUUCAUGUUGUUGAGUUACUUGUGUUGUUUUUUUAAAUAUCGAGAACCUCAUGUUUACCUUUUUAUCACUCUUAACUUCUUUCCAACCCCCCACCCUCCCUCCUUGCAGACGGCCUUCACACACAAUGUUUGCGCUCGGUUUAGUGCGUCGAUGGUUGUCGACGUUCGCCUGUGUCUGUUCACUCUGAAUCAUGUUUUACACAUUCCAUAUCUCUCUCUCUCUCUAUCUCUCCAUCUCUGAGCUCCUACUUUGCUUUUGGACCAACUCCCCGUGACCAAAAAAAAGUGAAAAAGAAAAAUGGGGGACUAAAAUGCUGUUGUCUUCCAAGAAGAUUCUGAGUGAUUGAUUGGUGAAUGCAAAUUAAUAAAAUGGAGUUCAAGCUA